AUGGGAGCAAUGCUAGGUCAACGUGAUGAUUCUGGAAAGAAGGAAAGAGCAAUUUAUUUCUUGAGCAAGAAGUUUAAUGAGUGUAAAGCUCGUUAUCCGGUGAUUGAGCAAACUUGUUGUGGACUAGUAUGGGUAACUAGAAGGCUAAGGCAAUACAUGCUUUACUACACUACCUGGCUAAUCUCACGAGUGGACCCACUUAAGUACAUCUUUGAGAGCCCGCACAUUGCAGGUAGAGUACUAAAAUGGCAAGUUGUACUAUUAGAAUAUGAUAUAAAGCAUGUGAUGCAAAAGUCAGUCAAAGGUAGUGCAAUAGCAGAUCACUUGGCUAAUAAUCCUUUAGAGGAUGACCAGCUAUUAGAUUUUCAAUUUCUUGAUGAAGGCAUAUGCACUACAGAAGAAGGUUGUGAUGAAGGAAAUAAUGAAGAGCAAGAAUGGGAAAUGUAUUUUGAUGGAGCCGCCAACAUGCAUGGAAAUGGGGUAGGAGCGGUGAUCAUUUCACCAAAAGGAAAACAAUUUCCAGUGGCCAUCAAAUUAGAAUUUGAUUGUACUAACAACAUGGCAGAAUAUAAAGCUUGUGUUAAUGGUCUUCAAGCAGCUAUUACCCUUGGUAUACGGUGUUUGAAGGUAUUUGGUGAUUCAGCUCUCAUUAUUCAUCAAGUAACAGGAGAAUGGAGAACAAAGGAUGUAAAAUUGAUUCCCUAUCAAGAACUCCUAACAGAUUUAAUUAAGCAAUUUAAGGUUGUUAGCUUUCAUCACUUGACUAGAGAUAAAAACCAUUUCGCUGAUGCUUUAGCCACUCUAACAGCAAUGAUCCAACUUGAUUGUGGAGUCCAUGUCCAACCCAUCCAAGUGGAAGCUAGAAGCUUUCCAACGUACUGUCUGAAUGUUGAAGAAGAUCGAGAAGAAUAUCCUUGGUUCUAG